CACAAUUGAGAAUUCUCCCUCAACACAUCAUCGAAUGAUUCGCGAAAUACAUUCACGGAUUUUAAUUAUGGUGUGUGGUCACCACUGUCUGUAACCAUUGGUGAGCAAUAUCUCCGAGCCGAGUGGGACGGGGCCGGAUCAAAGUAAACGUUUUGAAGUUACAGUCAUCAAAAAAUUUCUAUAACGAAAGGCUAGAUUACAGAGAAACACAGAAGGAAAGCGAAUCGUAAUCGUUUUAAUUUCUCAGAAAUUCAGCAAAAUUUUCCUCUCUCUCCUUCCCUAAUCGAAUUUCUAGGGUUUCAAAUUUCUUCAAGUAUCCCCAAAUACAAUGAAACUUCACAUUUUCACGCUUCCUCUCGCAAACCGCAAUGAGCUGAGAUUCUGGGGCAACAUGCAGCGCCAUGCGAGGCAGAAGGAGCUAAGGUUUUGUCUACGAAAGCAUUCAGGGGAAAUUCUAUAAAUCAAAUUUAGCUUGCAUCGCCCAUGUAUUCGAAACAAACUGGUUUAGGGGAUGGACCAGCCUCCAGCCUCGUGUGCUCGACCAAGAAGAAGGCCAUUUUUUUGCCAUUCACAUGUAUUUUAUGGCUCUUCUGCAACCUUCAGAACCGACAACAAAAAGAACACCAACUACUAGAAUUGCCAAGAUGCUACGUCCGAAGAUGCAACCCAUGCCAACUGCAAAUGUUGUUCCAGGUAAAGGACUUAGGCUUUCUGAACGACGAAAAAGGAGGCAUCCAUAUGUUAGCGUUUACACUGAUUCCGAAGAUGAAGACUUAAUGAAUCUCAAGUAUAAAAUGCUGAGGAGUCAGAGGGAUUGUAACUCGAAAAAAGUUUUGAGUUUGAUAUUAGAUAAUGAACCUAGUAGUUCAGAGGACGAAACGAGCCAAGAUGAUAUUGGAAAUGGGAAUGAUAUAGAGGAUACUGAUGUGGAUGAUAUUCAAAAUGAUGAUGAGGGCGAGGGUGAGGGCGAGCUUGAGCCUGAAUCUGAGGACGAGAGCGAGGAAGAUGAACAAGAGGAUGAAGGCGAGGAAGAUGACGACAACAAAAGAGGUGAAAUCAAGUAAUAAUUAAAAAAAUCCUACCAGUUAAAUGGUAGGAUUUUGAGUUGUUUAGUUUGUGUUUGGGAUGCAGAGUUGUUUAGUGUAGAGUUUUGAUGUCUACCGACUAUUAUUUUACUGCGUUGUACAAUCGGAGCUAAAUUCUAAUUAUCUUUUAAAAUUUUAGUGAGUAAAAAGAUUUGU